AUGAAAAAGGUCUUUCCUGUGGAGAGUAAACAUGUGGCGACUAAGGCAUUGAUUGAUGGAAAACUGAGUAAAGAUAAACAACAAAUUGCUAACGCAUUUGGUGUAUACUUUAAUGAAACAGUAUCGCGGCUGCACCAAUCGUUUAGUAAUCUUUGUAACAACAUCGGAAAUAUUACAUCGCAGUGUUUUUUCAAUCGUUUAAACAGUGGUUUUGUAUAUAAAUUCGAGGAAGUGAAAGAGCAGUUUAUUCUAAAUAAUUUGCAUAAAAUUGAUGUUAAGAAAGCAGCUGGAUUAGAUAAUAUACCACCACGACUUCUGAAAGACUCUGCUAAUGUUAUUGCCAGACCACUCACAAAGAUCAUUAACGUAUCCCUCGAACAAGGAACAGUGCCUGAUGAUUUAAAACUUGCUAAGGUAAUUCCUGUUUUUAAGAAAGGAAAACCCGAAAAUAUUCCCACAGUGUCUAAGCUAUUAGAGAAAGCAGUCCAUGAGCAGUGGUAUAGAUUUUUAACAACGAAUCAUCUCUUGAAUCCUUACCAGUGUGGUUUCCGUAAAUAUCACUCAACGGAAACUGCGGUUAUUUCUCUCACAGACUCUAUUCGAAGGAACAUUGACCAAAAGAUGCUUACAGGAGCCAUAUUUGUAGACCUUAGGAAGGCGUUUGACACCGUAGACCACUCCCUACUUUUGGCCAAGUUGGAGAGUUACGGCGUAGUUGAAAGUGAACUUGAGUGGUUUAGUAGUUACCUUAACGAUCGAUCGCAAAUAGUUACCUUUCAGAAUAUGCAAUUAAUCAUUGCCAUGUAAUAUUUCGUCUGGAGUACCACAGGGGUCUAUUUUAGGGCCCCUACUGUUCGUUCUGUUUAUUAAUGAUCUUCCAGCAGCUGUUCAACAAUGCAAUGUUCUGAUGUAUGCCGAUGACACGGUACUUUUCUUCGCAGACAGGGACAGUGGUGUAAUACAGAAUGUGUUAACAACCGAGCUGGAAAAUUUGAGAGCUUGGCUGAUGGAAAACAAACUGUCUCUUAAUAGGAAAAAAAACAGAGACGAUGUUGUUUGGAACUAAUGCAAACUUAUCAAAGGUAACUAAUUAUGAGCUCUCAAUUGAUGGCUUUCCAUUGAAGCGUGUAACUGAUUAUUGUUACCUUGGUAUUACUUUAAAUGCAAAUUUGUCUUGGCAUUCACAUGUUGAUAAUGUAGCAAUGAAAGUGGGAAGAAGAAUUGGCAUGUUACGUCGACUACGGAACAACCUGACCCUAAAUGCGGCGGAAACGGUUUAUAAGUCGUUCAUUCGCCCUCUUAUGGAGUAUGGGGACAGUAUUUGGACGUGCUGUGGUGAGCAAAACAAAGGAAGGCUCGAGAUACUCCAAAAGCGUGCUGCCAGAAUGAUUUCCAGGUGCGCGCGAAGUGAUGACGCAAUGGAAAGCCUCAGAUGGGACAGCUUAGAAUCAAGAAGAGACGUACAUGUUCUCAAACUUGUUAAAAAUUGUAUUCUAGGGAAAUGUCCACAAUGUUUUAAUAAUUAUUUCGUUUUUAAUCGUGACAGUUCCUCGCGAAUAACAAGACAAUCAGACAAACUUCGUUUGCCUAAAGUAAGAACUGAAUGUGCAAAGAAUUCUUUUUAUUAUUAUGGAUGCAAGGUUUUUAAUAAGUCUAAUUAAGUCGAUCGGGACAUAUAGAUAGUUAGUUUAUUGUAGGGGUUUUAGAUAAUUUUAUACUAUUUUAGAUAAAACUGUAUUGUAGAUAUACUGUAUAUUUUUCAGGGCCCCUAAGGAUAACAGUGAACAUUCACUGAUUGGGUCACCCUGUGUAAAUAAAGUUUUUACAUACAUGUAGCACAAGUAAAAUUGCCAAAAUUAAUCCUUAAAAGGUUUUCUGGGGAUCCUAGUCAAUGGAACCCAUUCUGGGAUACAUUUGAAGCCUCUAUCCACAACAAUCCCUCCUUAGCACCGAUUGAUAAAUUCAAUUAUCUCAAGUCUUUCAUGGACGGAGCUGCUGCUGAAUCCAUUGCUGGAUUGUCCUUUACUAAUGCUAAUUAUGAAGAGGCAAUUGUUAUUUUGAAAUCAAGGUUUGGGAAUAAACAGGAUAUUCUGUUAAAUCUGGAUAUGGAUAUUCUGUUAAAUCUUCCAUCAGUUAAUUCUGAAAACAACCUGAAGGGUUUGCGCCAACUUCAUGAUACGGUGCAAUCACACAUCAGAAGCUUGAAAUCUAUGGGAGUAGCCCCUGAAUCUUAUGGUAGCCUUCUUUCUUCGAUGUUAAUGUCCAAGCUACCAACAAAUCUACAGCUGGUUGAUAGCAGAGUGGUUAAGGAAAACGAAUGGAAUUUGGACAAAGUAUUAAAUACCUUGCAGCAAGAGUUAGAAGCCAGGGAGAGAAUUAAGGUACCUGCAACCAACAAGGAUUUUAAGAAAUAUCACGGUUCAGCCUCAGCAUUGAUGGCCGGUAAUAAUCCAAGUUGUACUUACUGCAGGGGGUCCCACCCAUCAAAGGACUGUACAACUGUGACUAGUCCUGCUGCUCGUCAAGAUAUUUUACGGAAGACGGGGAGAUGUUUUGUGUGCCUAAGAAAGGAUCAUAUCAGUCCAAGUUGCAAAUCAACAACACGGUGCUACUCGUGUAAGGGGCGACAUCAUGUUAGCAUAUGUAAGGGUAAGGAGCCACCACCACCACCUCCUAGGGACCCUCCUGAGGAACAUGGGCAAAGCGGAUCCAACAAGCCAAAGGAAAGUCCUAGUUUGGGAACCCAUCCUGACGCAACCGUCUGUCACACAACCUCAUCGAACUGUGUCCUUCUCCAAACCGCAAGAGCAAAUAUAUAUAACCCAGAUAAUCCUGAUGGUCCCAAGGUCAAAGCGAGACUAAUCCUGGAUGGCGGCAGUCAGUGCUCGUACGUCAGCAGUGCACUGACAGGAACUCUCGGACUGCAGUCAAAGUGUCAAAGGUCGGUAAACAUAAAAACAUUUGGCUCUAGCGAGACUAAUGCUCAAGUUAUUGAUGUGGUGAAUCUUGGAAUAGAAACUGCCUAUGGAGCAAACAUUGAAAUGUUAGCAUUUACUGUGCCAGUAAUUUGUCAGCCAUUAAAGAACCAAUUCGUGUCAAAUGCUAGCAAGACCUACCCUCAUCUCGCCAACCUCCACCUGGGCAACACGAUGCGAAA